CUUCUCGUUUUUAUUUGGGGGAACAGCCUGGUUUGAAUUUCGCUUGCACAGCGAAACAAACCCCUCCAAAUUACAUCUUUACCCAUAGCAGUUCCACCCUCGUCCACUCUCUCUUUCUUAACCGCACCAAGGACAUAACCGACAUUUCAACUCACCCCUCAAAACCAUCACCGUUACCGUAGCAAAACCACCACCGGAGCCAAAAUCCUCAUUCUCCUCCAUUCCCCCUCUCUCUCCUCUUCUCUCUCCAAAUCAGAUCCCAACAAACCCUAACCCUAAUACCCAUCACAAUUUCACAAAUCGAUUCGAACAUUGUGAAUCGAAAUGGGCGAUUUCAACCUCGCCCUCGUGAUCGUAGCCAUUGUUGUAUGCGUGAUCGUGUUCCUCGUCAAUGUGUACCUCCUCGUGAACUACCAGCAUCCCGAUGAUGUUAACCAGGCGUACUUUCCUAAAUUCGUCGUCGUUUUGGGGCUUUCCGUUGCCGCAAUCUCGAUUCUCAUGCUUCCGGCCGAUGUGGCGAACCGGCAAGCUUGCCGGCACGCGAUUUAUAAUGGCGCGUGUAACCUCACGCUCCCGAUGAAGGAUUUAUGGCUCGCGGUUUAUGUAAUCGAUGCUAUCCUUGUCUUCUUCAUUAUUCCGUUCGCAAUGUUCUACUAUGAAGGCGACCAGGACAAGAGUAUUGGGAAAAGGGUUAAGAGUGCACUGUGUUGGGUGGUGACGACGGCUGUAGUGUGCGCUCUCGUUCUGGGUAUUUUGUAUGGGCUUGUUGGUAAAGUAGAUUUUACUGUUAGGCAUCUCUCUUCAUCAACAACUUCAUUUCCUAGUUCAUGGACACUCAACAGUGGUCAACAAUGUGUUGGAAAUGGUGCCCAUCAGUGCUCUGCAUACUCUGCUAGUCCUUCAUCAGAGAAAACAUGGACCAUGCGAUCAACCUUUCCAGAAUAUGUUGUAGCUCUUGCUACUAUUGUUGGAUCUGUGCUUUUUUCUAUAUUUGGUGGCGUUGGUAUUGCUUGUCUUCCACUAGGACUUUUAUUUUCAUUUAUCCGGCGGCCAAAGGCUGUUAUCACUCGCUCACAGUAUAUCAAGGAAGCUACUGAACUUGGUAAAAAAGCAAAAGAUUUGAAGAAAGCUGCUGAGUCACUCCAUCAGGAAGAAAGAAGUGGUGCGAAGGGUAGAAAGCAUCGUAAAAAUGUAAAAGAAGUAGAGAAGGAAUUGUUUCAAUUGGAAGAAGACGUAAAGCUUCUUGAAGAGAUGUAUCCACAAGGGGAAAAGGCUGAGACAACAUGGGCACUAACAGUUCUUGGUUAUCUGGCAAAACUUGUCUUCGGAAUUCUAGGGCUGAUUGUUUCAGUAGCAUGGAUCGCUCAUAUCAUUAUCUAUCUAUUAAUUGAUCCUCCCGUUUCUCCUUUCCUGAAUGAAGUUUUCAUCAAGCUAGAUGAUGUCUGGGGUCUGCUCGGCACAGCUGCAUUUGCAUUUUUCUGCUUCUACCUUCUUCUUGCUGUGAUUGCUGGUGCCACAAUGCUUGGGUUGAGAUUAGUUUUCAUCACCAUACAUCCCAUGAAGUGGGGAGCAACUCUGAUGAACUCUUUUUUGUUUAAUGUGGGCCUUAUCCUUCUUUGUUCCAUUAGUGUGAUUCAGUUUUGCUCCACAGCAUUUGCCUACUAUGCUCAAGCAACUGCAGCCCAGGAAAUAUUUGGUCACACUUUGGAGUCUCUUCGUGGAAUUAAAUAUUUGUACAAGUACAAUGUGUUUCAAAUUGCAUUUGUUGUUUUGGCCGGAUUGACUUUUGUGUAUUAUGCUGCCUUUGGAUGGAAAAGAAAAAAGCCCAGCGGCAGGUUCCAAUUGUCUUCAUGAGGUGUGGCCCUCAGGAGUAGCUUCUGAAAGUAGCCGUUUGGGAUUUGUUGUCUCUGGUCAUAUCAUAGUGGUUUUUAUCUUUGGAUAUGUUUUGGCCUAAGAUAUGUUUCAUGUUGAAAGCUAUAGGAUAAGCUAAUCAUCAUCCGAGUAGAAUUAUUUUCUGCACUUGACUCAUUAGUUGGGUGUUUGAGCUGCAAUUUCGGGUCUUUGCUUCUUUUGUCGCCCUUGUAUGUAUCAUAACUUUGAUUUGUGUUGUUCAUUCUGCUCAAUAUAUAUGUAAUUAAAUGUACUAUUGUGUGCACGAAAGAGUCCUGGAUUCCCACAAUACUAUGAGGUUAUGCAACCCUUGCGAAAGAGAAAAUUGUAACAUCAAUUUUUAUUUUAUUGUCAAGUUUGUGUAAUAGAUUU